AUGGACGUGGACUUGGUCGUGGACGUGGACGUGGACGUGGUCGUGGACGUGGUCGUGGACGUGGACGUGGACGUGGACUUGGUCGUGGACGUGGACGUGGACGUGGUCGUGGACGUGGACGUGGACGUGGUCGUGGAUGUGGACGUGGACGUAGACGUGGACGUGGACGAGGUCGUGGACGUGGACGUGGACGUGGACGUGGACGUGGACGUGGUCGUCGACGUGGACGUGGACGUGGACGUGGUCGUGGACGUGGUCGUGGACGUGGACGUGGACGUGGACGUGGACUUGGUCGUGGACGUGGACGUGGACGUGGUCGUGGACGUGGACGUGGUCGUGGACGUGGACGUGGACGUGGACGUGGACGAGGUCGUGGACGUGGACGUGGACGUGGACGUGGACGUGGUCGUGGACGUAAACGUGGACGUGGACGUGGACGUGGUCGUGGACGUGGACGUGGACGAGGUCGUGGACGUGGACGUGGACGUGGACGUGGACGUGGUCGUGGACGUGGAUGUGGACGUGGUCGUGGACGUGGACGUGGACGUGGACGUGGACGUGGUCGUGGACGUGGUCGUCGACGUGGACGUAAACGUGGACGUGGACGUGGACGUGGUCGUGGACGUGGACGUGGUCGUGGACGUGGACGUGGACGUGGACGUGGACGAGGUCGUGGACGUGGACGUGGACGUGGACGUGGACGUGGUCGUGGACGUGGACGUGGACGUGGUCGUGGACGUGGUCGUGGACGUGGACGUGGACGUGGACGUGGACUUGGUCGUGGAUGUGGACGUGGACGUGGACUUGGUCGUGGACGUGGACGUGGUCGUGGACGUGGACGUGGACGUGGUCGUGGACGUGGUCGUGGACGUGGACGUGGACGUGGUCGUGGACGUGGUCGUGGACGUGGACGUGGACGUGGACGUGGACGUGGACGUGGACGUGGACGUGGACGAGGUCGUGGACGUGGACGUGGACGUGGACGUGGACGUGGUCGUGGACGUGGACGUGGACGUGGUCGUGGACGUGGUCGUGGACGUGGACGUGGACUUGGUCGUGGACGUGGACGUGGACGUGGUCGUGGACGUGGACGUGGUCGUGGACGUGGACGUGGACGUGGACGUGGACGAGGUCGUGGACGUGGACGUGGACGUGGACGUGGACGUGGUCGUGGACGUGGAUGUGGACGUGGUCGUGGACGUGGUCGUGGACGUGGACGUGGACGUGGACGUGGACGAGGUCGUGGACGUGGUCGUGGACGUGGACGUGGACGUGGACGUGGACGAGGUCGUGGACGUGGACGUGGACGUGGACGUGGACGUGGACGUGGAUGUGGACGUGGACGUGGACGUGGACGUGGACGUGGACGUGGACGUGGUCGUGGACGUGGACGUGGUCGUGGACGUGGACGUGGACGUGGACGUGGACGAGGUCGUGGACGUGGACGUGGACGUGGACGUGGACGUGGUCGUGGACGUGGACGUGGACGUGGUCGUGGACGUGGUCGUGGACGUGGACGUGGACGUGGACUUGGUCGUGGACGUGGACGUGGACGUGGUCGUGGACGUGGACGUGGUCGUGGACGUGGACGUGGACGUGGACGUGGACGAGGUCGUGGACGUGGACGUGGACGUGGACGUGGACGUGGACGUGGUCGUGGACGUGGAUGUGGACGUGGUCGUGGACGUGGUCGUGGACGUGGACGUGGACGUGGACGUGGUCGUGGACGUGGUCGUCGACGUGGACGUAAACGUGGACGUGGUCGUGGACGUGGACGUCGACGUCGACGUCGACGUGGACGUGGACGUGGUCGUGGACGUGGACGUGAACGUGGACGUGGUCGUUGACGUGGACGUGGACGUGGACGUCGACUUGGUCGUGGACGUGGACGUGGACGUGGACGUGGACGUGGUCGUGGACGUGGACGUGGUCGUGGACGUGGACGUGGACGUGGUCGUGGACGUGGUCGUGGACGUGGACGUGAACGUGGUCGUGGACGUGGACGUGGACGUGGUCGUGGACGUGGACGUGGACGUGGUCAUGGACGUGGACGUGGACGUGGACGUGGACAUGGACGAGGUCGUGGACAUGGACGUGGACGUGGACGUGGACGUGGUCGUGGACAUGGACGUGGACGUGGUCGUGGACGUGGACGUGGAAGUGGUCGUGGACGUGGACGUGGUCGUGGACGUGGACGUGGACGUGGACGUCGUCGUGGACGUGGACGUGGACGUGGUCGUGGACGUGGACGUGGACGUGGACGUGGUCGUGGACGUGGACGUGGACGUGGACGUGGUCGUGGACGUGGACGUGGACGUGGUCGUGGACGUGGACGUGGACGUGGUCGUGGACGUGGACGUGGACGUGGACGUGGUCGUGGACGUCGACGUGGACGUGGACGUGGUCGUUGACGUGGACGUGGACGUGGACGUGGACUUGGUCGUGGACGUGGACGUGGACGUGGACGUGGACGUGGACGUGGUCGUAGACAUGGACGUGGACGUGGUUGUGGACGUGGACGUGGACGUGGUCGUGGACGUGGACGUGGACGAGGACGUGGUCGUGGACGUGGUCGUGGAAGUGGACGUGGACGUGGACGUGGUCUUUGACGUGGACGUGGACGUGGACUUGGUCGUGGACGUGGAGGUGGACGUGGUCGUGGUCGUGGACGUGGUCGCGGACGUGUACGUGGACGUGGACGUGGACAUGGACGAGGUCGUGGACAUGGAGGUGGACGUGGACGUGGACAUGGAGGUGGACGUGGACGUGGACGUGGUCGUGGACGUAGAGGUGGAGGACGUGGACGUGGACGUGGAGGACGUGGACGUGGACGUGGACGUGGUCCUCGACGUGGACGUGGACGUGGACGUGGACCUGGACGUGGACGUGGACGUGGUCGUGGACGUGGACGUGGACAUGGACGUGGACGUGGACGUGGACUUGGUCGUGGACGUGGACGUGGACGUGGACGUGGACGUGGACUUGGACGUGGACGUGGACGUGGACGUGGACGUGGUCGUGGACGUGGACGUAGACGAGGACGUGGUCGUGGACGUGGUCGUGGAAGUGGACGUGGACGUGGUCGUUGACGUGGACGUGGACGUGGACUUGGUCGUGGACGUGGAGGUGGACGUGGUCGUGGUCGUGGACGUGGUCGUGGACGUGGACGUGGACGUGGUCGUGGACGUGGACGUGGACGUGGACAUGGACGAGGUCGUGGACAUGGAGGUGGACGUGGACAUGGAGGUGGACGUGGACGUGGACGUGGUCGUGGAUGUAGAGGUGGAGGACGUGGACGUGGACGUGGAGGACGUGGACGUGGACGUGGACGUGGUCCUCGACGUGGACGUGGACGUGGACGUGGACGUGGACGUGGACGUGGUCGUGGACGUGGACGUGGACGUGGACGUGGUCGUUGACGUGGACGUGGACGUGGACGUGGACUUGGUCGUGGACGUGGACGUGGACGUGGACGUGGACUUGGUCGUGGACGUGGACGUGGACGUGGACAUGGACGUGGACGUGGACAUGGAUGAGGUCGUGGACAUGGACGUGGACGUGGACGUAGACGUGGACGUGGACGUGGUCGUGGACUUGGUCGUGGACGUGGACGUGGACGUGGUCGUGGACGUAGACGUGGACGUGGACGUGGACGUGGUCGUGGACGUGGACGUGGUCGUGGACGUGGACGUGGACGUGGACAUGGACGAGGUCGUGGACAUGGACGAGGGGCGAGCUGUGGACGUGGACGUGGACGUGGAGGUGGACGUGGACGUGGACGUGGACUUGGACGUGGACGUGGACGUGGACGUGGUCGUGGACGUGAACGUGGUCGUGGACGUGGACUUGGACGUGGACGUGGACGUGGACGUGGACAUGGUCAAGGACGUGGUUCUGGACGUAGACGUCGACGUGGACUUGGUCGUGGAUGUGGUCGUGGACGUGGACGUGGACUUGGUCGUGGACGUGGACGUGGACGUGGACGUGGACUUGGUCGUGGACGUGGACGUGGUCGUGGACGUGGACGUGGACGUGGUCGUGGACGUGGACGUGGACGUGGACGUGGACAUGGACGAGGUCAUGGACAUGGACGUGGACGUGGACAUGGACGUGGUCGUGGACGUAGAGGUGGAGGACGUGGACGUGGACGUGGACGUGGAGGACGUGGACGUGGACGUGGACGUGGACCUCGAUGUGGACGUGGACGUGGACGUGGACGUGGUCGUGGACGUGGUCGUGGACGUGGACGUGGACGUGGUCGUGGACGUGGUCGUGGACGUGGACGUGGUCGUGGACGUGGACGUGGACGUGGACGUGGACGUGGACGUGGUCGUGGACGUAGACGUGGACGUGGUCGUGGACGUGGACGUGGACGUGGUCGUUGACGUGGACGUGGACGUUGACUUGGACGUGGUUCUGGACGUAGACGUGGACGUUGUCGUGGACGUGGUUCUGGACGUAGACGUGGACGUGGUCGUGGACGUGGACGUGGACGUGGAGGUGGACGUGGACGUGGUCGUGGACGUGGACGUGGACGUGGUCUUGGACGUGGACGUGGACGUGGACGUGGACGUGGACGUGGACGUGGACGUGGUGGUGGACGUGGACGUGGACGUGGACGUGGACGUGGACGUGGUCGUGGACGUGGAUGUGGACGUGGACGUGGUCGUGGACAUGGACCUAGACUUGGACGUGGACUUGGACGUGGUCUGGACGUGGUCGUGGACCUGGACGUGGACUGGACGUGGUCGUGGACUGGACGUGGUCGUGGACGUGGACGUAGACUUGGAUGUGGACGUGGACAUGGACCUAGACGUGGACGUGGACGUGGACAUGGACCUAGACGUGGACGUGGACGUGGACGUGGUCGUGGACGUGGACAUGGACGUGGUCGUGGACAUGGACGUGGACGUGGACAUGGACAUGGUCGUGGACGUAGACGUGGAGGACGUGGACGUGGAGGACGUGGACGUGGACGUGGACCUGGACAUAGAAGUGGACGUAGACGUGGACCUGGACGUGGACCUGGACGUGGUCGUGGACGUGGACGUGGACGUGAACGUGGACGUGAACGUGGUCGUGGACGUGGACGUGAACGUGGUCGUCCACGACGUGGACGUGGACGUGGACGUGGCCCUGGACGUGGACGUGGACGUGGACGUGGUCGUGGACGUGGAGGUGGACGUGGACGUGGACGAGGACGUGGACUGGGACGUGGUCCUGGACGUAGUCGAAGACGAGGACGUGGACGUGGACGUGGAGGACGUGGACGUGGACGUGGAGGUGGAGGUGGACGUGGUUGUGGACGUGGACGUGGUCCUGGACGUGGACGUGGACGUGGUCGUGGACGUGGUCGUCGACGUGGUCGUCCACGACGUGGACCUGGACGUGGUCGUGGACGUGGACGUGGACCUGGACGUGGUCGUGGAUGUGGUCGUCCACGACGUGGACGUGGACGUGGACGUGGAGGACGUGGACGUGGACGUGGACGUGGACGUCGAGGUCGACGUGUACGUGGACGUGGACGUGGUCGUGGAUUUGGUCGUGGACGUGGACGUGGUCGUCCACGACGUGGACGUGGACGUGGUCGUCCACGACGUGGACAUGGACGUGGACGUGGACGUUGACGUGGACCUGGACGUGGAAGUGGACGUGGUCGUGGACUUGGACGUGGACGUAGAUGUCGACGUGGACGUGGUCGUGGACGUGGACGUGUACGUGGACGUGGACGUGGUCGUGGAUGUGGAUGUGGACGUGGAAGUGGACGUGGUCCUGGACGUGGACGUGGACGUCGACGUGGACGUGGUCGUGGACGUGGACAUGGACGUGGACUUGGACGUGGACGUGAAGGACCUGGACGUGGAUGUGGACGUGGACGUGGAGGACGAGGACGUGGACGUGGACGUGGUCGUGGACGUGGAGGUGGACGUGGACGUGGGCGUGGAGGUGGACGUGGACGUGGACGUGGUCGUGGACGUGGACGUGGACGUGGGGGACGUGGACGUGGAGGACGUGGACGUGGAGGUGGACGUGGUCGUGGACGUGGACGUGGACGUGGACGUGGGGGACGUGGACGUGGACGUGGAGGACGUGGACGUGGACGUGGACGUGGAGGUGGACGUGGAUGUGGACGUGGACGUGGAUGUGAACGUGGACGUAGACGUGGUCCUGGACGUGGUCGUGAACGUGGACAUGAACGUGGACGUCCACGACGUGGACGUGGACGUGGACGUGGCCCUGGACGUGGACGUGGACGUGGACGUGGACUUGGAUGUGGACGUGGACGUGGACGUGGACGUGGUCGUGGACGUGGACGUGGACGUGGACGGGGACGUGGACAGGGACGUGGUCCUGGAUGUGGUCGUGGACGUGGACGUGGACGUGGAGGACGUGGACGUGGACGUGGACGUGGAGGUGGACGUGGUCGUGGACGUGGACGAGGACGUGGACGUGGUCGUGGACGUGUACGUGGACGUGGACGUGGUCCUGGACGUGGUCGUGGACGUGGACGUGGUCGUCCACGUCGUGGACGUGGACGUGGACGUGGUCGUGGACGUGGACGUGGACGUGGUCGUGGACAUCGACGUAGACGUGGACGUGGACGUGGACGUGGACUUGGACGUGGACGUAGACGUGGAGGACCUGGACGUGGACGUGGAGAACGUGGACGUGGACGACCUGGACGUGGACGUGGAGGACCUGGACGUGGACGUGGACGUGGACGUGGUCGUGGACGUGGACGUGGAGGUGGACGUGGACGUCGACGUGGUCGUGGACGUGGACGUGGACGUGGACGUGGACGUGGUCGUGGACGUGGACGUGGACGUGGAGGUGGACGUAGACGUCGACGUGGUCGUGGACGUGGACGUGGACGUGGACUUGGACGUGGACGUCGACGUCGACGUGUACGUGGUCGUGGACGUGGAUGUGGACGUGGACUUGGACGUGGACGUAGACGUGGAGGACCUGGACGUGGACGUGGAGGACGUGGACGUGGAGGACGUGGACGUGGACGUGGAGGACCUGGAUGUGGACGUGGACGUGGACGUGGACGUGGUCGUGGACGUGGACGUGGACGUGGAAGUGGACGUGGACGUCGACGUGGUCGUGGACGUGGACGUGGACGUGGUCGUGGACGUGGACGUGGACGUGGAGGUGGACGUGGACGUCGACGUGGUCGUGGACGUGGACGUGGACGUGGACUUGGACGUGGACGUGGACGUCGACGUGUACGUGGUUGUGGACGUGGACGUGGACGUGGAGUACGUGGACCUGGACGUGGAGGACGUGAACAUAGACGUGGAUGUGGACGUGGACGUGGACCUGGACGUGGACUUGGACGUAAACGUGGACGUGGACAUGGUCGUGGACGUGGACGUGGACGUGUACGUGGUCGUGGACAAGGACGUGGACGACGUGGACGUGGAGGACGUGGAGGUGGACGUGCACGAGGACGUGGACAUGGACGUGGACAUGGAUGUGGACGUGGAUGUGGACUUGGUCGUGGACGUGGAGAACCUGGACGUGGACGUGGACGUGGACGUGGACGUGGACGUGGAGGACGUGGAUGUGAACGUGGAGGACGUGGACGUGGACGUGGACGUGGUCGUGGACGUGGACGUGGACGAGGACGUGGACGUGGUCGACGUGGACGUGGACGUGGUCGUGGACGUGGUUGUGGACGUGGACGGGGACGUGGACGUGGUUGUGGACGUGGACGGGGACGUGGACGUGGACGUGGAGGACGUGGACGUGGACGUGGAGGACGUGGACGUGGACGUGUACGUGGUCGUGGACGUGGACGUGGAGGACUUGGACGUGGACGUGGACGUGGUGCUGGACGUGGUCGUGGACGUGGACGUGGUCGUUUACGACGUGGACGUGGACGUGGACGUGGACCUGGACGUGGACGUGGACGUAGACGUGGACGUGGUCGUGAACGUGGACGUGCACGUGGAUGUGGAAGUGGACAUGGUCGUGGACAUGGACGUGGACGUGGAAGUGGACGUGGUCGUGGACGUGGACAUGGACGUGGUCGUGGACAUGGACGUGGACGUGGACAUGGACAUGGUCGUGGACGUAGACGUGGAGGACGUGGACGUGGAGGACGUGGACGUGGACGUGGACCUGGACAUAGAAGUGGACGUAGACGUGGACCUGGACGUGGACCUGGACGUGGUCGUGGACGUGGACGUGGACGUGAACGUGGACGUGAACGUGGUCGUGGACGUGGACGUGAACGUGGUCGUCCACGACGUGGACGUGGACGUGGACGUGGCCCUGGACGUGGACGUGGACGUGGACGUGGUCGUGGACGUGGAGGUGGACGUGGACGUGGACGAGGACGUGGACUGGGACGUGGUCCUGGACGUAGUCGAAGACGAGGACGUGGACGUGGACGUGGAGGACGUGGACGUGGACGUGGAGGUGGAGGUGGACGUGGUUGUGGACGUGGACGUGGUCCUGGACGUGGACGUGGACGUGGUCGUGGACGUGGUCGUCGACGUGGUCGUCCACGACGUGGACCUGGACGUGGUCGUGGACGUGGACGUGGACCUGGACGUGGUCGUGGAUGUGGUCGUCCACGACGUGGACGUGGACGUGGACGUGGAGGACGUGGACGUGGACGUGGACGUGGACGUCGAGGUCGACGUGUACGUGGACGUGGACGUGGUCGUGGAUUUGGUCGUGGACGUGGACGUGGUCGUCCACGACGUGGACGUGGACGUGGUCGUCCACGACGUGGACAUGGACGUGGACGUGGACGUUGACGUGGACCUGGACGUGGAAGUGGACGUGGUCGUGGACUUGGACGUGGACGUAGAUGUCGACGUGGACGUGGUCGUGGACGUGGACGUGUACGUGGACGUGGACGUGGUCGUGGAUGUGGAUGUGGACGUGGAAGUGGACGUGGUCCUGGACGUGGACGUGGACGUCGACGUGGACGUGGUCGUGGACGUGGACAUGGACGUGGACUUGGACGUGGACGUGAAGGACCUGGACGUGGAUGUGGACGUGGACGUGGAGGACGAGGACGUGGACGUGGACGUGGUCGUGGACGUGGAGGUGGACGUGGACGUGGGCGUGGAGGUGGACGUGGACGUGGACGUGGUCGUGGACGUGGACGUGGACGUGGGGGACGUGGACGUGGAGGACGUGGACGUGGAGGUGGACGUGGUCGUGGACGUGGACGUGGACGUGGACGUGGGGGACGUGGACGUGGACGUGGAGGACGUGGACGUGGACGUGGACGUGGAGGUGGACGUGGAUGUGGACGUGGACGUGGAUGUGAACGUGGACGUAGACGUGGUCCUGGACGUGGUCGUGAACGUGGACAUGAACGUGGACGUCCACGACGUGGACGUGGACGUGGACGUGGCCCUGGACGUGGACGUGGACGUGGACGUGGACUUGGAUGUGGACGUGGACGUGGACGUGGACGUGGUCGUGGACGUGGACGUGGACGUGGACGGGGACGUGGACAGGGACGUGGUCCUGGAUGUGGUCGUGGACGUGGACGUGGACGUGGAGGACGUGGACGUGGACGUGGACGUGGAGGUGGACGUGGUCGUGGACGUGGACGAGGACGUGGACGUGGUCGUGGACGUGUACGUGGACGUGGACGUGGUCCUGGACGUGGUCGUGGACGUGGACGUGGUCGUCCACGUCGUGGACGUGGACGUGGACGUGGUCGUGGACGUGGACGUGGACGUGGUCGUGGACAUCGACGUAGACGUGGACGUGGACGUGGACGUGGACUUGGACGUGGACGUAGACGUGGAGGACCUGGACGUGGACGUGGAGAACGUGGACGUGGACGACCUGGACGUGGACGUGGAGGACCUGGACGUGGACGUGGACGUGGACGUGGUCGUGGACGUGGACGUGGAGGUGGACGUGGACGUCGACGUGGUCGUGGACGUGGACGUGGACGUGGACGUGGACGUGGUCGUGGACGUGGACGUGGACGUGGAGGUGGACGUAGACGUCGACGUGGUCGUGGACGUGGACGUGGACGUGGACUUGGACGUGGACGUCGACGUCGACGUGUACGUGGUCGUGGACGUGGAUGUGGACGUGGACUUGGACGUGGACGUAGACGUGGAGGACCUGGACGUGGACGUGGAGGACGUGGACGUGGAGGACGUGGACGUGGACGUGGAGGACCUGGAUGUGGACGUGGACGUGGACGUGGACGUGGUCGUGGACGUGGACGUGGACGUGGAAGUGGACGUGGACGUCGACGUGGUCGUGGACGUGGACGUGGACGUGGUCGUGGACGUGGACGUGGACGUGGAGGUGGACGUGGACGUCGACGUGGUCGUGGACGUGGACGUGGACGUGGACUUGGACGUGGACGUGGACGUCGACGUGUACGUGGUUGUGGACGUGGACGUGGACGUGGAGUACGUGGACCUGGACGUGGAGGACGUGAACAUAGACGUGGAUGUGGACGUGGACGUGGACCUGGACGUGGACUUGGACGUAAACGUGGACGUGGACAUGGUCGUGGACGUGGACGUGGACGUGUACGUGGUCGUGGACAAGGACGUGGACGACGUGGACGUGGAGGACGUGGAGGUGGACGUGCACGAGGACGUGGACAUGGACGUGGACAUGGAUGUGGACGUGGAUGUGGACUUGGUCGUGGACGUGGAGAACCUGGACGUGGACGUGGACGUGGACGUGGACGUGGACGUGGAGGACGUGGAUGUGAACGUGGAGGACGUGGACGUGGACGUGGACGUGGUCGUGGACGUGGACGUGGACGAGGACGUGGACGUGGUCGACGUGGACGUGGACGUGGUCGUGGACGUGGUUGUGGACGUGGACGGGGACGUGGACGUGGUUGUGGACGUGGACGGGGACGUGGACGUGGACGUGGAGGACGUGGACGUGGACGUGGAGGACGUGGACGUGGACGUGUACGUGGUCGUGGACGUGGACGUGGAGGACUUGGACGUGGACGUGGACGUGGUGCUGGACGUGGUCGUGGACGUGGACGUGGUCGUUUACGACGUGGACGUGGACGUGGACGUGGACCUGGACGUGGACGUGGACGUAGACGUGGACGUGGUCGUGAACGUGGACGUGCACGUGGAUGUGGAAGUGGACAUGGUCGUGGACAUGGACGUGGACGUGGAAGUGGACUUGGACGUGGAGGACGUGGACGUGGAAGUGGAGGACGUGGACGUGGACGUGGACGUGAACGUGGACGUGGACUUGGACGUGGACGUGGAGGACCUGGACGUGGACGUGGACGAGGACGUGGACGUGAACGUGGACGUGGACGUAGAGGACGUGGACGAAGACGUGGAGGACGUGGACGUGGACGUGGACGUGGACGUGGUCGUGGACGUGGAUCUGGAUGUGGACGUAGACGUGGUCGUGGACGUAGACGUGGACGUGGACGUGGUCGUGAACCUGGACGUGGACGUGGACGUGGUCGUGGACGUGGACGUGGUCGUGGACGUGGACGUGGAGGACGUGGACGUGGAGGAAGUGGAGGUGGACGUGCACGUGGACGUGGACGUGGACGUGGACAUGGAUGUGGACGUGGAUGUAGACUUGGACGUGGACGUGGAGGACCUGGACGUGGACGUGGACGUGGAUGUGGACGUGGAGGACGUGGAUGUGAAUGUGGAGGACGUGGACGUGGACGUGGUCGUGGACGUGGACGUGGACAUGGACGUGGACGUGGUCGUGGACGUGGACGUGGACGUGGAGGACGUGGACAUGGACGACGUGGACGUGGACGUGGUCGUGGACGUGGUUGUGGACGUGGACGGGGACGUGGACGUGGACGUGGAGAACGUGGACGUGGACGUGGAGGACGUGGACGUGGACGUGUACGUGGUCGUGGACGUGGACGUGGACGUGGACGUGGAGGACUUGGACGUGGACGUGGACGUGGUGCUGGACGUGGUCGUGGACGUGGACGUGGACGUGGUCGUCCACGACGUGGACGUGGACGUGAACUUGGACGUGGACGUGGACGUAGACGUGGACGUGGUGGUGAACGUGGACGUGCACGUGGAUGUGGACGUGGACAUGGUCGUGGACGUGGACGUGGACGUGGAAGUGGACUUGGACGUGGAGCACGUGGACGUGGAAGUGGAGGACGUGGACGUGGACGUGGACGUGAACGUGGACGUGGACUUGGACGUGGACGUGGAGGACCUGGACGUGGACGUGGACGAGGACGUGGACGUAAACGUGGACGUGGACGUAGAGGACGUGGACGUGAACGUGGACGUGGACGUGGACGUGGACGUGGACGUGGUCGACGUGGACGUGGACGUGGACCUGGACGUGGACGUGGACUUGGACGUGGUCGUGAACGUGGACGUGGACGUGGUCGUGGACAUGGACGUGGACGUGGUCGUGGACGUCGUGGACGUGGAGGACAUGGACGUGCACGUGGAGGACGUGGACGUGGACGCGGAGGACGUGGACGUGGACGUGGAUGUGGACGUGGAUGUGGACUUGGACGUGGACGUGGAGGACCUGGACGUGGACGUGGACGUGGACGUGGAGGACGUGGAUGUGAACGUGGAGGACAUGGACGUGGUCGUGGACGUGGACGUGGACCUGGACGUGGACCUAGUCGUUGACGUGGACGUGGACGUGGACGUGGAGGACGUGGACGUGGACGUGGACGUGGAGGAUGUGGACUUGGACGAGGACGUGGACGUGGACGUGGACGUGGACGUGGACGUGGACGAGGACCUGGACGUGGACGUGGUCGUGGACGUGGUCGUGGACGUGGACGGGGACGUGGACGUGGACGUGGAGGAUGUGAACGUGGACGUGGAGGACAUGGACGUGGACGUGUACGUGGUCGUGGACGUGGAUGUGGACGUGGACGUGGAGGACUUGGAAAAGGACGUGGACGUGGUCCUGGACGUGGUCGUGGACGAGGACGUGGAUGUGGUCGUCCACGACAUGGACAUGGACGUGGACGUGGACAUGGACGUGGACGUGGACAUGGACGUGGACGUGGACGUGGUCGUGAACGUGGACGUGGUCGUGGACGUGGACGUGGACGUGGACGUGGACGUGGAGGACGUGGACGUGGACGUGGAGGACGUGGACGUGGACGAGGACGUGGACGUGGAAGUGGAC